AUGGCAAAAGCAGCAAGAAAGAAGUUCAGCACCAGCUCGGACCCAACAGGUUCUAGUGUUUCAGCAGAAAAACAUUUAAAUUCAGUCUUUAAGUUCAAUACUAAUUUAGGUCAACAUAUUUUAAAGAAUCCUUUAGUUGCGCAGGGUAUUGUCGAUAAAGCAGGAAUAAAGCCCAGUGAUAUAGUCUUGGAAGUCGGUCCGGGUACGGGUAAUUUGACUGUUCGUAUUUUAGAACAAGCUAGAAAAGUUAUUGCCAGUGAAAUGGAUCCAAGAAUGGCAGCUGAGUUAACCAAGAGAGUUCACGGUACUCCUAACCAAAAGAAGUUAGAUAUCUUGCUAGGAGAUUUCAUAAAGACAGAGUUGCCAUACUUUGACGUGUGUAUCUCUAACACGCCGUAUCAAAUUUCGUCACCGUUAGUUUUCAAGUUGUUAAAUCAGCCUAGACCUCCAAGAGUAUCGAUUCUUAUGUUUCAAAGAGAAUUCGCUAUGAGAUUGCUUGCUAGACCCGGCGAUGCAUUGUACUGUAGAUUAUCUGCAAACGUGCAAAUGUGGGCUAACGUUACGCAUAUUAUGAAGGUGAGUAAGAACAACUUCCGUCCUCCACCACAAGUCGAAUCGUCCGUGGUGAGAAUUGAGGUCAAGGUUCCAAGACCUAAUAUUGACUUUAACGAAUGGGAUGGGUUGUUGCGUAUAUGUUUUGUGAGAAAGAAUAAGACGAUUGCAGCUGGUUUUAAGUCUAAUAACAUUCUUGAUAUAUUGGAGAAGAAUUAUAAGACUUUCUUAUCAACUGCAAAUGCUGCUGCAAAUGGAGACGAUUCUAUGAUGGUUGAUGACAAGUCAUCGAUGACCGAUAUCGUUAAAGCUAAAAUAGAACAGGUUUUGACCGAGACAGGCUUUUCUGAUAAGAGAGCUGCUAAAUUAGAUCAAACUGAUUUCUUAAAAUUAUUAUACGCAUUCCAUCAAGUUGGUCUUCAUUUUGCAUAG